GGCUCCAUUAUAACACACACACACACCAUUCAAAAGACCACCAGUGAAGCGCGCGCGUGAGAAGAACACAGAGUAAAAGUGCGGUCAUGUACAUCUCCAUCAUGCCGAAAAGAGUUGAGUUUUCACGGAUGCUCCAAAUAAAUCUGUUAUAGUCAGCAAUCCUCCACUCAUGCUCCUGUCAAUCAUGCCGACAGCGCGGUAUCUGUACUCCCAUUGGAUCUGAUUCAUCUGGGGUUUCCGAUCGUCCCUUUUACGCACGGAGUUGCUUCAAAUCGCGCGUUUAGGGAAAUGCGUGGAUAAAACCGGCUUUCUUGGUUAAUUCGCGUAAAAGAUUCCAGCCAUGGCCAUGGUGGUGAGCGCGUGGAGAGAUCCGCAGGAGGAGCUGGCAGCGGUGGAUGAUCAGAGCGCGGCCGGGAGAGAGCACCUCCAGCACCGGCACUCGCCGAAGUCCGCGGAGGAAAAAGCGCAGAUCGCGGCGCAAAACCAGCAGCACGUCGAGUGUGUGGUGUGCGGGGAUAAAUCCAGCGGGAAGCACUACGGACAGUUCACCUGCGAGGGAUGCAAAAGUUUCUUCAAGCGAAGUGUCCGGCGGAAUUUAUCGUACACGUGCCGCGCCAACAGAAACUGCCCGGUGGAUCAGCACCACCGCAACCAGUGCCAGUACUGCCGCCUGAAGAAGUGCCUGAAAGUGGGCAUGAGACGCGAAGUUCAGCGAGGCAGAAUGCCACCGAACCAGCCGAACCCGAGCCAUUACGCGCUGACCAACGGAGAUCACCUGAACGGCCAGUGCUAUUUAUCCGGAUACAUAUCGCUUCUCCUCCGGGCCGAGCCCUAUCCAGCCUCGAGAUACGGCAACCAGUGCAUGCAGUCCGGCAACAUCAUGGGCAUAGAGAACAUCUGCGAGCUGGCGGCCCGUCUGCUCUUCAGCGCGGUGGAGUGGGCCAGGAACAUCCCGUUCUUCCCCGAUCUGCAAAUCACGGAUCAGGUGUCUCUGCUCAGACUCACCUGGAGCGAGUUGUUCGUGCUGAACGCCGCGCAGAGCUCUAUGCCGCUGCACGUGGCCCCUCUGCUGGCCGCCGCAGGCCUGCACGCGUCGCCGAUGUCCGCGGACCGAGUCGUGGCCUUCAUGGAUCAUAUUCGCUUCUUCCAGGAGCAGGUGGAGAAACUGAAGGCCCUGCAGGUGGACUCCGCCGAAUACAGCUGUGCCAAAGCCAUAGUGCUGUUCACCUCAGAUGCAUGCGGCCUUUCAGACAUCCCGCACAUUGAAGGUCUCCAGGAGAAAUCUCAAUGUGCCCUGGAGGAGUAUGUGCGGAGUCAGUACCCGAACCAGCCCACCCGCUUCGGCAAACUGCUGCUCCGGCUCCCGGCGCUCCGCAUGGUCUCCUCCUCCGUCAUUGAACAGCUUUUCUUCGUUCGGCUGGUGGGAAAAACACCCAUUGAGACGCUCAUCAGGGAUAUGCUGCUAUCUGGGAGCAGUUUCAACUGGCCCUACAUGCCUAUUCAAUAACAUUUGGUGAGCAUUUACAGACUCUAAAGAAAACUAAACAGGCAAGGACGACGCAGAAAGUCGGACUCUCUUAACAUCACACUGUAAAAAAAUCCACGGUUUCCGUAUUUUAAGUGUUUAUUGCUUUUUAUGGAUUUGUAUAAGGUCUUUGCUACCCCAGCAAGCAUCUUUGUUCUUAAAAGAUGUCUAUAGACGUCUAAACAUAGUCGUAUUGGCUAAAACAAAGCUAAAUUUGGGCUGUCAGACGUCCAAGAAUAAGCCAAAACUAAUCAUCAAAUAAAACCGGGAUAACAGAAAUAAUGACUACAAAUAUAAAGUCUGUCUAAUCUGUCUAUUUGACGACUAGUCUAGUUUUGGGCUAUUUUUAGAUGUCUAUUAGAUUUUCACCGACAAGUUUAGCCUUUGUUUAAGCCAAGCUGUCUACGUUUAGAUGUCUAUUAGACGUCUGUUAAACACAAAAUGGUUUGCUGCGACUUUUGAUGUUGAAAGUUCAACCCUACAGUUCAACAAAGUGACUUUUAUUGACAUUUUAGUAGUUUGGAAAAAAUAUCUAGAAGUAAUAUAGAGAGAAAUAAUUCUGUAAAAUGAAAUAAAAUGUACUGGCAGUAAAUUAGGCUAUAAGGUAUUUAGCCCACCAACCCAGACAAUACAGCACUGCAAACUAUUAAAGAGGUUCAUGAAAGUCACUUUUUGAGCUUUUGAAUGUUAAAAAUUGUUGGAGGAAAGAUCAAGAUCCCAAUUCAAAAGCAUAAAUAAACAAGGAAAGUAAAAUAAAAUAAAAACAUGAAACACAAAAUACGAAAAACUGCUAAUUUACGGAUUUUCUUUUACAGUGCAGGUUACAAAAAUGUGACAAUGUGAAUUUAUCUUUGCUCUUUUUGUCCUUGCUUUUAACAGUCAAUCAUGAUUUGUGUCUUAUAUAACCUUUAUUUCUUCUGCAUUGUAAUGAUCCGUUUAAAGUGUUUUAAAUCAAAAUGCAUAAUGUCUUAAUUUAGUUAGUUAGUAAUAUGUUUUAACGGAGGGAACCAAAUCACCAUUAUUGAAGUUUCCCUAAAGAAAUACACAAGUUUUGUUUUUAACCGAAGCGGAGACAAUGGAUUUAACGAUUAUUUAUUUUGCUGUAUUUAUUUUCCUGCUCAUCGACCUCAUGAACACGUGAUCUAAACAAUCAACACAGCACUUAAGGUUAUGCAUAUUGGUGUAUACUUUACAGUAUUUUCCACUUCGAUCCUGCAGGUUGAUUAUUUGGGGCUGUUGGAUUUUAUGUACGAUGCAACAUUUGAUUAAACAAUUAAUCAUUCCAUGCGUAA